AUGUUCAAACGGGCGGUCCUGGAGCACGCGGGGCGCAGCGAGCCGCUGUUCCUGCUGUUCCGCAACGGGACGCUCAAGGCGCGGGUGGCGGGGGCGAACCUGCCGAAGCUGGCGGCGCUGGUGUACGAGCACACGCCCAACAACCCAGAGGUCGAUGACGCCGAGGACAACCCGUUCCAUGCGGCGGCCAGCGGCUCAAAGGACGGCGGUUCGGGGAAGGAUAAGAGCAAGGGCAAGAAGGGGAAGUAG